AUGGAGGCGAUGCGCAGAAAAAUCCUUGAGGAGCAGCUGGCUGCCAUUGAGCGAGCCAGACGCGAACACGAGCAACUACGCUCUUCCUCCAGUCUCGCCUCUGCACCUUCUGCUUCCGCUUCCUCUUCCUCUUCGUCUGCCAGCUCGAAUCCGGCUAUCUCCUCCUUGCCACAUCGAAACAAGCAUGCCCCACCCCCCAAAGUCAAACUCUAUCAGCCGCCUCUCGUACCACAUGUUCCGUCAAGUACUUAUCAGCCAAGUAGCUCCCACACAAACGUCGCCACAGGCAGCGGUUCCCGCAAUGAUCCCAUCGUCUUUGGCGAAUCUUCGCCCAUAGGAGCUGCCUCGCAUCAGAGUCCUUUUCAACCCACCAGACCGUUUGAAGACACAAGCUCAACUCGUGCGCCUCUCAACUCCAUCACUUCGAGCUACGCUGCCUCUCAGCCUUUUCGAUCUCCUAACUCCAAAUCCACUCAAGCACCCUUCAUCUCGCCCAAAACCACUCCACCACCGCUGAAAAGCAACAAUCCUUUCUAUCAUUCACCCCUAGCCCAACGCUCAUCACCCUCCAAAGCCAAGCACGCACAGGCACAGUCUCUCUACAUGAGUGACGAUUACGACCCAACAGCUGCCGCGCCCUUCCGCACCGUGAUUAGCGACAGUCCUGCCGUGGGCGCUUCCAUCGAUGCAGCAACGCGUGACAGGCAAAUCCAGGAUCUUGUCCACAACAUGGUCAACGUCACCGACGUCUCGGACGACGCAAAGACGAGCGCACACAUCCCUGGCCUCAAGUGCAUGCUCCUGCCUCAUCAGGUCCAAGGCGUCACAUGGAUGCGCGAGCGCGAAAAGGGAAAGGCUAAAGGUGGCAUCCUUGCCGAUGAUAUGGGCCUUGGUAAAACGGUUCAGACACUGGCUCUCAUUGUCUCUAAUCAACCGGGACAAGACUCGUCCACGAUCGACCUCCAAGUGCCAUCAGAGGAUGCACCAGGCAAACGCGGAAAAAAAGCAGCGUCCAACGAUCAGAACACUGUCGAUGCACCAGCACCGGCACCAUCUCUGUCCACCAGUCUUCUGCCUCGUCGAGACAUGGCCUCCAAGACGACUCUUAUCAUCGCUCCUCUUGCCGUCAUCAAACAGUGGGAGCGCGAAGUCGCCGAAAAGACACAAGCCGGUCUCAAGGUCUACCUCUACCACGGCCCUUCGCGUGCCAAGAAGGCUUCCUACUUUACCAAGUUUGACAUUGUCAUCACCACCUACACCACCGUAGCCAGCGAGUACGGCAACUACCUGUCCAAACUCGACGCUCAAGCCAAAGGCACACUGCCGCUCACCACUAGUUCCAAGUCCAAGCCCAAGUCCAAGUCCAAGGCUAAAUCCAAUCCAAAGUCCAAGUCGACUUGUCGCACCAAUGCUCGCGCCCUCCCGAUCGACUCGGAUGCCGAGUCCGCAUCCGACCAUGGCGGAGUCGAAAUCAAUUCUGAGGAUUCAGACGACUCUUUUGCAGAUGCACCUACGCCAGCGAAUGCUAUCAAGAAAGUGAUGUGCACGCCGCUCUUUGAGUCAGCCUGGCUUCGGAUCGUGCUGGAUGAAGCGCAAAACAUCAAGAAUCACAAGGCAAAGUGUUCGCGUGCGUGCUUCCUGCUCUCUGCCAAUGCUGAAUCUCGAUGGUGCCUCACCGGCACACCGCUGCAGAACGACGCGUUCGAGAUGUUUUCUCUGAUCCACUUUUUGCGGAUCCAGCCAUUUGACGACUAUCAGCACUUCAAGGAAAAGAUCGGCGAUCCGCUCAAGUCGAACAAUCAGAAUCGAGUGAAUUGGGGCAUGAAGCGUCUCUGCUUUGUGCUGCAGACCAUCAUGCUUCGGCGCACCAAGGAGGCCAAGACCGACGAUGGCAAGCCUAUUCUCAACCUCCCCAAACGCAAUCUGGAGCUGCUCGAGCUCGAAUUCGACAGUCCUCAAGAGAAGCAGUUCUACCUCGGACUACAGGAGAGGAUCAGGCAAGCGUUUGAGUUGGCGUCCGGUAAGAAGGACAUGAUCGAAGGGCUUGUGCUGCUGCUUCGGCUGCGUCAGGCGUGUAGUCAUCCGGCCAUGGUCACGGGAAGUCUUCGCACGGAUGCCGGAGCCAUUGGCUCUGCGACUACUGGCGAGCCAUUGUCGCAGCCAUCUGGCAGUACUGCGACGGUUGAAGACGACGACGAUGACGAUGGUCUGGCAGCAAUGCUUUCCGGCCUUAGUGUCAAGACCAAGCGCUGUGACCAGUGCAACGUUGAGAUGGCUGCCAAUGCCAUACCCUGCCGAGACACACCCAAUGUUCCAGGCGAUCUCAUGGCGGCUGUCAAUUCGAAUCUAGCCAAACGUCUUCUGUGCAACGAGUGCAUCGCUCUAGCCACUAGCCACUCGCAAGACCUCUUCGCUUCGUCGUCCGGCUCCACAAAGACGCGAAAGAUGCUCUCGCUACUUUCGCAGAUCCGCGCAGCGGAUGCGACCGAAAAGACGAUCGUCUUUUCACAAUUCACGUCGUUCCUCAACAUUGUCGAACCACAUCUGCAGCGUCAUGGCUUCAAGUAUGUAAGGUACGAUGGUUCCAUGAAGCCGCAAGAGCGCGAGUCGGCUCUGGAGCGGAUCCGUAGCGAUGCAUCUGUCACUGUGAUUUUGAUCUCGUUCAAAGCAGGUAGCACCGGCUUGAAUCUGACGAGCUGCAGUAGAGUGAUCCUGAUGGAUCUUUGGUGGAAUCCACAGAUCGAGGAGCAGGCCUUCGACCGUGCACAUAGGCUUGGUCAGACACGCGACGUCACCAUCUAUAAACUCAGUAUCAAAGAUACCGUUGAAGAGAGGAUCUUGAAGCUUCAGGAAAAGAAGAGGGCGCUUGCCAAGGCUGCCUUGGAGGGAAGUAAGCUCGUCAAAGGUAAUCGGCUUGACUUUAAGGAGAUCUGGUUUUUGUUCAAUGGUACCGAUCGCUGA